ACGCGCUCCCAGAGGCAUCUUGCAUCAGCCCGGGAAAGUUUGCUCCUCGCCUGGCUCCCCCGGUGAGGGGCGAGGAGCCCGCCCGGCACCGCUCCGCUCGGGACUGCUGACAUGCUGGCCACCCCCAGACCAGCCCUGCUGCUGCUGCCACUGCUUCUGCUUGUCAUGCAGGCUGCAAGAGCCCAGGUCAACCCAGCGGUGUGCCGGUACCCCUUGGGAAUGUCAGGCGGGCACAUCCCUGAAGAGGACAUCUCAGCCUCCAGCCAGUGGUCCCACUCCACAGCUGCCAAGUAUGGACGGCUGGACUCAGAGGAUGGUGAUGGCGCCUGGUGCCCUGCGAGCCCAGUGGAGCCUGAUGACCUGAAGGAGUUCCUGCAGAUCGACCUGCAUGCACUCCACUUCAUCACUCUGGUGGGCACCCAGGGUCGCCACGCUGGGGGCCAUGGCAAUGAGUUUGCACCCAUGUAUAAGAUCAACUAUAGCCGUGAUGGCACUCGCUGGAUCUCCUGGAGGAACCGGCAUGGGAAGCAGGUGCUGGAUGGAAACACUAACCCUUACGACAUCGUCCUGAGGGACCUGGAGCCACCCCUCAUCGCACGUUUUGUCCGCUUCAUCCCUGUCACUUACCACUCCAUGAACGUCUGCCUGCGCGUGGAGCUGUACGGCUGCGUCUGGCUGGACGGGCUGGUGUCCUACAACGCACCAGCUGGGCAGCAGCUUGUCCUUCCUGGGGGCACCGUCAUCUGCCUGAACGACUCGGUGUAUGAUGGGGCAUUUGGGUACAGCAUGACGGAGGGCCUGGGCCAGCUGACGGACGGGGUGUCGGGGCUGGACGACUUCACGCAGACCCACGAGUACCACGUCUGGCCAGGAUAUGACUACGUGGGCUGGCGCAACGAGAGCACGGCUGGUGGCUACGUGGAGAUCACCUUCGAGUUCGACCGCAUCAGGAACUUCACCGCCAUGAAGGUCCACUGCAACAACAUGUUUGCCAAAGGGGUGAAGAUCUUCAAGGAGGUGCAGUGUUACUUCCGUGCUGAGACCAGCGAGUGGGAGCCCAGUGUAGUUUCCUCGGUGCUGGUGCUGGAUGACGUGAACCCCAGUGCCCGCUUUGUCACCGUGCCCCUGCUCCACCGCAUGGCCAAUGCCAUCAAGUGCCAGUACUACUUUGCUGACACCUGGAUGAUGUUCAGUGAGAUCACCUUCCAGUCAGAUGCAGCCAUGUACAACAACUCUCUGGUCCCUCCAGAGGUGUCCGUGGUCCCCACCACUUAUGACCCUACACUCAAGGUAGACGACAGCAACACACGCAUCCUGAUCGGGUGCCUGGUGGCAAUCAUCUUCAUCUUGGUGGCCAUCAUUGUCAUCAUACUGUGGCGGCAGUUCUGGCAGAAGAUGCUGGAGAAGGCAUCGCGGAGGAUGCUGGAUGACGAGAUGACCGUCAGCCUUUCCCUGCCCAGUGAAUCCAGCAUGUUCAACCACAACCACUCCUCGUCCUCCAGUGAGCAGGAGUCCAGCUCCACCUACGACCGCAUAUUCCCCCUGGGACCCGACUACCAGGAGCCCUCCCGCCUGAUCCGCAAGCUACCCGAGUUCACCCCAGGGGAGGAGGACACAGGCUGCAGUGGCCCUGUGAAGCCACCCCAGGCCAGUGUCCCUGAGGGUGUCCCCCACUAUGCUGAGGCCGACAUCGUGAACCUGCAGGGCGUGACGGGUGGCAACACCUACUCGGUGCCAGCCCUCACCAUGGAUCUGCUCUCCGGCAAGGACGUGGCUGUUGAAGAGUUCCCCAGGAAGCUGCUGACCUUCAAGGAGAAGCUGGGGGAAGGCCAGUUUGGGGAGGUUCACCUCUGUGAAGUGGAGGGCAUGGAGAAGUUCAUGGACAAGGACUUUGCCCUGGAGGGCUUGGACACCAGCUCCAACUGCCCCAUGCUGGUGGCUGUGAAGAUGCUGCGAGCGGAUGCCAACAAGAAUGCCAGGAAUGAUUUUCUGAAGGAAAUCAAGAUCAUGUCACGGCUGAAGGACCCCAACAUCAUCCGGCUCCUGGCAGUGUGCAUCACGGAUGACCCACUGUGCAUGAUCACUGAGUACAUGGAGAAUGGAGACCUCAACCAGUUCCUGUCCCGCCAGCAGGCAGGCAGCCCCCUCACUGGCCACACACCCACUGUCAGCGACCUGCGGUUCAUGGCCACCCAGAUUGCCUCUGGCAUGAAGUACCUCUCCUCCCUCAACUUUGUGCACCGAGACCUGGCCACACGCAACUGCCUGGUGGGGAAGCACUACACCAUCAAGAUAGCUGACUUUGGCAUGAGCAGGAAUCUCUACAGCGGGGACUACUACCGCAUCCAGGGGCGGGCAGUGCUCCCCAUCCGCUGGAUGUCCUGGGAGAGCAUCCUGCUGGGCAAGUUCACAACAGCCAGUGACGUGUGGGCAUUCGGUGUGACACUGUGGGAGACCUUCACGCUCUGCCGGGAGCAGCCCUACUCCCAGCUGUCCGACGAGCAGGUCAUCGAAAACACUGGCGAGUUUUUCCGGGAUCAGGGCCGGCAGACCUACCUUCCCCAGCCUGCACUUUGCCCUGAUUCAGUCUAUAAGCUAAUGCUCAGCUGCUGGAGACGGGACACUAAAGAUCGUCCCUCCUUCCAGGACAUCCAUCGCCUUCUCCAGGAGUCAGCCGGUGAAGAAUGAUCCUUUGCUCCCCCCAGGUCUGGUCCCCAUCCCUCCCCAUUCCCAGAGGAGCCCCAUGUGCAAAGCAAAGCCACUUCACUUGAACUCAGUAAUGAAAUCCGGGCGGCUGGUCUUCUCAUUGUACAGUGAAGCCUCAGAACAAAACCUCAAGGGCAGCAGAAGAGCCACAACAUGGGACAACUUGGACCUCCCGCUCACGUGCUGACCCAAGCCCAGGAGCAACAUGGGCUGAGAAGAAGGUUAUUUAUUGAUGGAGCAUGUUCUUGGUGACGAUGACUGGGACAGAGCAGCUUCUCUCCCCCAGUCAGAGAGGAGGAAUGUCAGCUGGACUAAAAGCUGGACUUCCUUAAGUAAGGAAGCUCCAGGCCCAUGCAUGGAGCAGGUGCCUGUGGAAGGGAUGUGUGCAGGUACCUGCCCACUGGAGCAGGGUCUGUUUGGUAGCCAGUACCUGCUUGAGGAGGAGCCAGGAGCUGACAGUAGCUCCCAGUGGGCUCUAUAACUACAGGGUGAAAACACAAACUCUCUGGGCAUUUUGGGAUUUGGACAUGCUUGUCUGGAGGGGCAGGAAGCCCUCUCCCUGCCGGCCAGAACUCAGUUGCACAGGGAGAAGCCUGACAGGACUCCCAGCUCCUUGGCUCCUCCAUGUCAGCCAGGGAGGAGUGGGCAUGCCAGCCCCAGUGAGAGGUGCACCCAGGGGACAUCCUCUCACUGACCACAGCCCCUCCAGAGCUGCUCAACUGCCCACAAAAUGCAUUUUGGAUGCCCCAAGGGUGCUGUGCAGCACAUCUUCACCUGCCAUGAGAGGAAGGCACAUAGCAGAGCUUUUUCAAGCCGCUGCCUGAUGCCCAAGCCUGCAAUCACCCAUGGGCAUGGAGCAGUGGGCACCCCAGCCCUUGGCCUGAGGGUUGGAGCUUGGCUGAAGCACCUGGCCUGGACUCUGCCACCCUGAGCAUCCCACAGCAGACUAGCACCAAACCUUCCUCCUGGAUCCGGCAGCUCUGUGAGCAAACUGGGCAGAUGCUGAAGCCAUGUGCCCUCCAGGAGCCGCAGGAGGUUACCAGUCAUGCCUGAAAAUGGGAUCCACCUGUGGCUGGACAGGAGGAACUUUGUACUUAGAGGGUACAUGGACCAUGUACGCAUUAGUUCAGCACCAUCAAGUCACGCGUGGCACAGUUUCCAGUAUGCUAUUGCUAAGGCAUGUAAAUA